GACGGGGACGAGAGGGUUCAGUGGGCUGGAGACCCUCGUGACGAUCGCACGUGGAAUUCCGGGCUCUUUUGCCUCUCUCGUUCGACACCGGAUGUUCAGGCUUGCCUAAUCAUGGAAAGACGUCGCAUGGCAGUCCAUGAGCUCUGAAACGCGACGGCCGCCGAGCGAGUGCGUCGAGUGAUGUGAACACGAGCCAGGCAGCGAUCCAAGCUUUUGCGACGAGCGGACAGACUCCAGCAGCAACCAUGGCCAGGUCGGAGGAGCGGGUGGUCGAGCAGGACGGCGCGGCGUCGCUGCGGGACAGCGUAGAGAGCCAGGCGAUCGAGGCUUCGGGAGGCAAGUACCAGCUGCGCCCUCGCUCGCUGCACGCGCGGCGCCUCUCCGACGGCGGCGACUGGAGCUUCCAGGACGCGAUAAGGAGUAAGCCGCGUCCUCCGCCGCUGUCCAGGUACCGCAGGAAGACCGCCAACGCCAGGGAGCGAUACCGCAUGCGGCAGAUCAACACCGCCUUCGAGAGCCUCCGCGGCGUCCUGCCCUCGUGGGUGUGCAGUCGCCGCACCGCCUCGGACAUGACCAAGAUCGCCACGCUGAGACUCGCCUCCGCCUACAUCCGGUCGCUGCAGGACAUCCUGGACGGCAACGCCCCGCAGGACACGUGCUCGUGGGUCCUGUCCAGCAUCCUGCAGGACGCGUCUCGGCCGCACGACGACUCUGAGAGGAGCGGCACCGCCCCCAAGGCCCCGGGGAGCGACGACGCGUGCGCGCACUCGGAGGCCGACCUCGUGUCCCUGCUGUGCGGCUCCUCGGGCGCGCAGGACGGCCUCGAGUCGCUCUCGUACCUCGCGCCCAUGGCCGAGAGCGACACCGUGACGCUGCUGCUGCUGGAGUCCGACUCGCACAGGCACUGGAACGACCAGCACCCGCCGCUCGUGUCCUAAAGGGCCGGACGGGUCGCGUUCUGUGGCGUAGUGAUAGUGUCCUUCUCUGCGCGCGUGUGGCGAGUGUGGCGUUGCGAGGCGUCGUAGAGGGAGUCGUCUGAGGCUGAGAAAAACCCGUCGUCGCUGACAGUGAAGUGAGGACGAAAUAAUCUUUCGUAAUGUUCGUGGUGGUGCGGUCAUCACUUACAUGCAGUGGUGAAGCUUAAGAAAAAAACUGCAAUAACGUGCAAUGAAUAUCGGUAGGGCGUCGAACAGCACGUAUUCCGCAAUGAGACGACGUAUGAAGUGAUUACCUUACAGUCAGCACCGUACUGAUAGUGAACAAGCAGUCAUCACACGUAAUACUAGCUCAGUCGUGUUGAACUUUUUGUGAUGUCGGUGUGAGGGUUGAUCAUAUAAUAUAAUGCAAUAAUGAACUGUGAUGAAUAUGUCAUUUCUAUAUAUAUUCUAUGUAUUUAUAAUCGAAACUAUAUAGGUAUUUAUACUGUAUGUGAUGGAAAUGUCGAGAUAGUCAGCAUAGAGUGCAAACAAGUACGUAGAUUUUCUGUCAAGAAUUUCCCUGUUUUUUUUAUGAGAACUUUCUCGAACAAAUAGUUUAAGAGAGAAAAAAAA